CCUCCUCCUCUUGUGGUCUGUGUGUCUUCCCCAGGAACAGGAAGAGCAGAGAGCAGGCCACCCUGAGCCCUCCUGCUUUGCCCCUCCGUACCCACCCGGGGCUCCAGGACCCCAGGGCGGAGGCCGCAGCCCGGCCCACCCACCCCCCAGCCUGGCCACUGCCCACGGCGGAGGUGGGAGACCCAGGACCGGCGGAGCGCGGACAGUGCCGACCGGGUCGACUCCCGCGGACCCGGCCGGCCGCUGACCAGCCCGUGGCAAGACCGGCGUGGACGUGACCGGGGCGGACGGAGCACCCCGGGAAUCUGAAGCCCCUCUGCAGGCACCCCUCGUCGGCAAAGAGGAGCAGCACGGCGGCGGCCAUGUCCCUGCUGACCCACGUGCUGGUGUGCGCCUUCGGGUCGGGGUCCUGGGUGGCCAUCAACGGGCUGUGGGUGGAGCUGCCCCUGCUGGUCCCGGAGUUGCCCGAGGGCUGGGCCCUCCCCUCUUACCUCACGGUGGUCACCCAGCUGGCCAACGCCGGCCCCCUGGCCUUGGCCCUGGCCCACCGCCUCCUCCGCCCGGCCGGCCUGCCCGAGGUCGCGCUCAUCGCCGCCCUGCUGGCCCUCGGCUGCACCUCCUGCCUGCUCCUGGCCUUCCUCUGGAGGGAGACCUCCGCCGUCGGCCGGACCCGCCACAGUACCGCCUUCCUGACCCUGACCUUCCUCCUGGCCCUGGUGGACUGCACCUCGUCCGUCACCUUCCUCCCCUUCAUGGCCCGCUUCCGGCCCGCCUACCUCACCUCCUACUUCGUGGGCGAGGGGCUGAGCGGCACCUUGCCGGCCCUGGUCGCCCUGGCUCAGGGCUCCGGGCAGGUCGUCUGCGUCGGGGGCAACGCCACCGGCAACGCCACCGCCGGCCCCGAGGCCCGCUACCUCCCGGCCAACUUCUCCCCCGCCGUCUUCUUCGGCCUGUUGGCGGCCCUCAUGGGCAUCUGCCUGGCCGCCUUCCUCCUGUUGGCCCGCCGGGCCGAGGCGCCGGGGUCUUCGACCCAGGACCUCCUGGCCGGGCAGGUGACCCUCAGCGCCUUCCGGGAGCUGGACGCCCCCGGGCGCGGGGCGCCGGACGGGGACCCCGGGGUCCGGGAGGAUGGGGAGGACAAGGUGGCCGCCCGCUCGCUGCCUCGGCUGGCCUUCAUCUACGCCCUCGUGGCCCUGGUGAAUUCGCUGACCAACGGGGUCCUGCCGUCGGUACAGACGUACUCCUGCAUGGCCUACGGGGCUCGGGCCUAUCACCUCGCCGCCUCGCUCAGUUCCACCGCCAACCCCCUGGCCUGCCUCGUCGCCAUGUUUCUCCCCAGCAGGUCCUUGGUGAAGCUGGGGUUCAUCACCUUGGCGGGGACAACCUUCGCCGCCUACAACAUGGCCAUGGCCGUCAUGAGCCCCUGCCCGCUGCUGCAAGGCUCGAAAUGGGGAGAGGUCGUCAUCGUGGCGUCGUGGGUCCUGUUCGUGGGCGCGCUGAGCUACGUGAAGGUGAUGACGGGCGCCAUCUUGCGCGGCCACGGCCACGGCGCCCUCGUUUGGUGUGGCGCGGUGGUGCAGCUCGGCUCCGCCCUGGGGGCGCUGCUCAUGUUCCCGCUCGUCAACGUCUUCGGCUACUUCCGACAGGCCGACUUGUGCGACGCCCGCUGCUGAGCCCGGCGGCGACCGCCACCGGACUGGGCGGGGGCCACGGAGUCAUCAUCAUCAUCAUCAUCAUCGGGAUCGGCGUCGUACUGAUGGCAUCCCUUAAGCACUUACGAGGCGCCCGGCGCUGUGCUAAGCGCCGGGAGGGAAUACGAGGUCAUCGGGUUGU